AUGAAAACGACAUUUGCAUUGUUUUGUAUAUGGGCCUGCAUUGGCUUGAUGAAUGCGGCCAAUAAACGAGAUCACAACAAUUAUUCGAAAAAUCCAAUGCGAAUCGUAUGUUAUGUUGGAACAUGGUCCGUUUAUCAUAAAGUUGAUCCAUACACAAUUGAAGAUAUUGAUCCUUUCAAAUGUACUCAUUUGAUGUAUGGUUUUGCUAAAAUCGAUGAAUACAAAUACACCAUUCAAAACUCUUACGAAUGUCUUUUGGGCCCAAGUACAACCACACCAACACCAACCACCCCGUCAACUCCUUCGACUACCACACCUACACCAACCACCCCGUCAACCCCUUCAACUACCACACCAACACCAACCACCCCGUCAACCCCUUCAACUACCACACCUACACCAACCACCCCGUCAACUCCUUCAACUACCACACCUACCCCAACCACCACCGAUAGCACAAGCGAAACACCAAAAUACACUACGUAUAUUGAUGGACAUUUGAUUAAAUGCUAUAAACAAGGUUAUCUUCCACAUCCAACUGAUGUUCAUAAAUAUUUAGUUUGUGAAUAUAUUGCCACACCAAACGGUGGUUGGUGGGUACACAUUAUGGAUUGUCCAAAGGGAACUAGAUGGCACGCAACAUUAAAAAAUUGUAUUCAAGAAUGAUCUGAUAUAUUUGUAACAGUUUAUUGCUAAAUGAAAUUUAAAUAAAAUUAUUUGAAUCCAUUA